AUGGCGCUCAGACGACUGGCCGCCGAGUUCGGCAGGCGCUACGGCGCCUCCCUGGACGGCCGCCUCCCGGGCGAUUUGUGCUACAGCUUCGCUCGGGCAUUCGCCUCAGCCAAGGAGGGGAUGAAGUUCGCCGAGUCGCAUGAAUGGGCGCUGGCGGAUGGGAAGAACGCCACAGUCGGGAUAUCCGACCACGCGCAGGCCCAAUUGGGGGACAUUGUGUUCGUGGAGCUGCCGGAGGUGGGGGCGUCCGUGGCGAAGGGCGAGCCGUUCGGAGUGGUGGAGUCCGUGAAGGCCGCCAGCGACGUUUAUUCGCCUGUCAGCGGAAAGGUGGUGGAGUGCAACACCGCGCUCACCGAGAAUCCCGGCAUGGUGAACAAGUCGCCUGAAGAUGAUGGCUGGCUGGUGAAGGUGGAACUGUCCAAUCCAGCCGAAAUGGAUGGACUCCUCGACUCGAAAGCGUACGAUGCCCUCAACCAAGAAUGA